AUGGAUCUAGUAGCAGGUGUCCGCAAAGAGGGCAGCCGCGGCGGCCGCACGGAAUUCAAAUGGUCCGACGUUCAAAGCUCAACACACCGCGAGAACUACCUGGGUCACUCAGUGAUGGCCCCGGUAGGACGAUGGCAACAAGGCCGCGAUCUAUCGUGGUACGCAAAAGGCGACGUAAACGAUGAAGAAGAACGAGUUCGCCAAGAGCAAGCGGAACGCCAACGAGUCAAAGAUGCGGAGGAGGAAGCUAUGGCGCUUGCGCUGGGUUUGCCUGUGCCGGAUAAGGCAAAUGCGAAUAUGGUGCCGUUAGGACUGAGGGGUGAUAAGGAGGAAGGAGAAGAAAAAGAGAAGCCGAGAGAAGAGUCAGGACGUCAUGGACGUGAACGCGAGCGUGAGCAGAUCGGGAGCGGAGACAUCGCAGACAUUAUGAGCGUGAGGACCGGGAUCGAGACCGUCGUGUUCCUCGACGGAGGUCUAGGUCUAGAUCUAGAGAUCAUCGGGGGAAGAGAAGAACUGCGUCUCGGUCGAGGAGUCGUCAUGGUCGUCGGGAACGGGCUGAACGAAGCUAUUCUCCUGCUGAACGGAGACGGGAUACUGAGAGACGGAGGGAUCGAGAUCAUGGUGAUCGUGAUCGGAGAAGUUGAAUUACGAAUACGUAUUAAUGCUGUUUCGAUACCAACACGAACAUUUUUCUUUGGAAAUGAGUAUACAUGA